GUAUGUCCUCCCCGUCGCCCACGUGUAUGACCCCAACGGGCGGCCUCUGCAGUGGUAACGGACAGCACUCGCCCUCCACGUUGUCGUCCAUACGGGAGGCGGUGUCCCACUUGACCCGUUUGGACGAUUUCAAUGUCAUUAAGCUAUCGCAUGGCUUCUUCUCGCAAGUGUUCAAAUAUGACUUAAAGUCCUCUAUAGUGUACUACCAAUGGUUUGGCAUUAAUUACAAGGUGACACACCAUUCAACCAAAAAAGUAAUGGUUUUGAAAAUGAAUAAACAGGCGGGAAAUCGAGCUUACAUUUUGCAAUCAAAUCUACGUGAGACUAUUAUGAUAGGCAGUGAGACCUCCUAUACCCCCAAUUACUUCCAACUUUAUGGCAAUAAGCCAUGGGUUCGGGGCAUCGGUAACACCGCCGCCCUCUUCAUCCGAUAUAAUAAAUUGAAUAAAUAUUUGACUAAAUGUUUGCGGUACAGAAACGCGUUGAAAGAAAUCGAGUUAUUAAACAAAUUAAAUCAUGAAAACAUUGUGGCAUUUAUGGGCACUGUCGUUCACGAGGUUCCGGAGAGGUUUACAUCCAUUACUUGAGUAUAUAAACGGCGGUACACUCGAGAAGCUGAUCCGACAGUACUAUAAGAUCGACACAUAUUUUGACGAAAAUCAUAAAAUAAUCACAAGAAGACAGCAAACAAACGGCACAAACGAUGACCACAACUACAACAGCAUUAAUAACAAUAGUUUACAAAACAACAGCCAAAACAUGAGUUAUUAUAAUGAUUACAAUAAUCAUAUGAACAAUAAGUACAUAUACUGUCCGCAAAUCUAUCGUCUGAAUGACAUAAACGCAACGUUUGUGCGGUUGGCCGAGGAUAUCGCCCGGGGUAUGGAUUACCUGCAUUCGCUGCAAUACCUGCACCGGGAUCUCACCUCAAAGAACGUGUUUAUACGCAAAUUGCCGCCCAUUCGCGACGAGACGGACGAGUUUGAUGCCGAGCCAUACCUCGUGGCAGUUAUCGGCGACUUCGGGUUCGCCGCCACUGAACCUACCAGUGACCAGAAGCUGCCGACUGUGGGCUCACCCUAUUGGUUGGCACCCGAAUGUAUUAAAGGACAAUGGUCAGUUUGUUUUUGAGAGUUAUUUUC